AAAUUCCUCCAAACGCCUUCUGAUUUUAUAAACUUUUGCUGAUUUUGUGGAAAUGAUGAGAUCUCGGCAAAAUUGUUGAGUCCGUUUUUGUUGGGGGUUGAUGUAUUGGUUUCUGUCUUUUGGAAUCUAAACUCGGAAUCCUGAUGCUCAAAUUGGUUUGUGUCUUUUGUAAUGUAAACUCGAAACCUUGAUGCUCAAAAGGGCAGUCGAGGAUUUAAAUUAGAGAGUUUUGGUGAAAGGAGCUCCCAGGAUUAAUGGGGUCCCCUUUUUAACAUAAUUGCAUCUGGUAAUUUUUGGGGUUGGUAUCCUUUUGUUUCGACAAAUCUGUCAGAAUCGAGUUUAUGCCUCCUGAUUGAUUGACGGAUGUCAUGAGAGCCCAUUUGUUUGAACCUACAAAUCAGAUAAAACUCUUCCAGGUCAAUUUUUAAGAUUUUUAAACAUGGGUAGCUAUGGAAUGUACACCUCAACAAAGCUAUACGUCUGUUAAGGAUACCGGGCUACGAACUUUGGGAGCGCUCUCUCAGGCGAACAACAGGUUACACAUCAUCAUCUAUUUUUAGUUAAAGAGUCAUGGAGUUUUUUAGUAAGGCAAAGACUGUAAGACUUAGAAGUCAUCAUGACAAAUAUCUUUGGGCAGAAGAGGAUGAAGAAACAGUCAGUCAAGACAGAGACGGUGCAAGCAAAAAUGCAAAAUGGCGAGUUGAAUUUGUUCAAGGAAGUCCUCUGAUAAGAUUGAAAAGCUGUUAUAAUUAUUACUUGACAGCAACAGAUAUACCAUUUCUAUUAGGUAUGACAGGAAAGAAGGUAUUACAGACUCUUCCACCAAGAGUGGAUUCAUCUGUGGAGUGGGAACCUAUCAGGGAAGGCUUCCAUGUGAAACUUAAAACUCGAUAUGGAAAUUAUUUGCGUGCAAAUGGUGGCCCUCCCCCCUGGAGGAACAAAGUAACACAUGACAUUCCACACCGAACAGCUACUCAGGAUUGGGUGUUAUGGGAAAUUGAAAUAAUGGAAAUAGAUUUCCAAUCUCCUCCUCCGGCGGCUCCUGCUUUCCAAUCUUCUCCUGCUGCUGCGGAGCUAGAUCCUUCUUCUCCUAUAUCAGCACCCAAACCUGAUGGACGACUUAUUUACUAUGCUAUUGGUGGUGAUAAUGGACACAUAGAGGAUGGUUAUGAGUGGCCUUCAUUCAUCUUCAAGGGAAAUGACUUGCAUGAGCUAACAAGAAAGCUGGAGGAAGAGAUUGGUCUCCAAGAUAUCAUUGUCUGUUCACAGCACCCUUCAACUGGAAAAUUGUUCCCAUUGCGCUUGCAGCUUCCUCCUAACAAUGCACCAAUGCACUUAGUGCUGGUCCAAGUAUCAUCACGUUUGGCUCGAAGCUUCAUAUAGAUCUGAAUUUGAUGUUGCUGCUUGCUGGGGACGUGCAUGAGGUAGUGCAUUUUUGAUUCAGUAUACCAUAUACAGGCGAUGUAUACUAGUCACACAAUAGCUUUAUUAAUAGUUAAUUGUUUCAUUUGAGCAUCUAAUUUGUUUAAUCUAAUAGUAUUGAGAUCCAACUAGUCGAGGUGGGUGGCCACAACUCCAUUUCGUGGCCAAGAUUAUAGCUUAUGCUGGUGUCUUGUAAUAUGAAUAUUUACUAGUGUAUAAAUUGUGUAUAACAGUUGAAUUAUUGUCAUUGGUUCUUGCAAAAUGAAGGGUGAAAUGAACAAUGAAAUUCUGACAUGUUGAAACCUUGGAAUGUAUAUUAAAAAAUUCUUUAAUAAAAAAAAAACUUAUUUGGUAUUGCACUGAGUCAA